AUGCUCUCUCCUCUGCGCUCGCGGCUUGUAAAUGCCACCCGGCUGGGCACGUGUCGCAAUCCUGUCUCGCCAUUGGCCUUCGAUCUCCAUGCGCCGGCGAGCCCCAAGGCGGAUGAGAAAACUGCGCCGAUAAUCUUUAUGCAUGGUCUUUUUGGAUCCAAGAAGAACAACAGAGGAAUUAGCAAAGCCUUGGCCCGGGAUUUGAAAACCCACGUAUACACUGUGGAUCUUAGGAAUCAUGGAGAAUCUCCCCACGAUCCCCGUCAUGACUAUGUUGCCAUGACUGAAGACAUUCUGGCCUUCAUUGACCAUCAUGGCCUAAAAGAGCCGACUCUGAUAGGCCAUUCUAUGGGAGCCAAGACGGCCAUGUCUGUUGCCCUUCGUUCACCAGAAACAGUGGCGAGGGUUGUCGCAGUUGAUAAUGCCCCUAUCGACGUCACGCUCAGCAGAACAUUUGCUUCCUACGUUCGAGGGAUGAAGAAGAUCCAGGAAGCCAAAGUCAGCCGCCAAUCCGAAGCAGAUGCCAUUCUCCAAGAGUACGAAGAGUCGCUCCCAAUUCGUCAAUUUCUGCUAGGAAACCUGUAUCGUUCACCAGAAGAUGGGAUUCAAAAGUUUCGUGUUCCUCUGGAUAUCCUAGGUCGAUCACUCGACCACCUUGGAGACUUUCCCUACAAGAGUCCAGGCGAGGCACGGUACACAAAGCCAUCCCUUUUCGUUCGAGGCACCCAGAGCAAAUACGUACCAGACGAUGUGCUGCCUAUCAUUGGUCAAUUUUUCCCGCGGUUUAGAUUGGCCGACGUCGACGCUGGUCACUGGCUAAUAUCGGAACAGCCUGAGGCUUUCAGGCAAGCUGUGGUGGGCUUCCUGCAAGAGCCAUAG